AUGACUAAUUAUGAGAUGGGAAAUAACACAGGAAAUACAAGUAACAAGAAAUAUAAGAAAGGAAAAAACAUUAUUGACUCAGAUUCUGAUGAAGAUCCUCUUCCUCCAAAAAUCAGAAAAGCCACAUCAGUAAAGAAGGAGGAGAGUUCAAAAGCUAAGAAAAGUAGAAGAGCAAUCAGCUUGGACUCAGAUGAGGAAGAAGUUGUGCCCAGCAAAUUAAAAAAGUCUGCAAAACAGACAGACAAUGUAGCUUCUAAAGAGGUCCAGCAAGUUAAAGAGAGUCCAGUCAAACCUAAAGAGAAAAAAGCAACUUCUGCACUUGAUUUCUUUGGUUCUACUCCAGUUGAAAGGGAAUCCAGGAAAACAUUUGCUAAUAAAAGAAAACAGAGAUCUGACCCAAAGUGAAUAGAAAAGAAGAGUAUAAAAAUGGGAGAGAAAAAGAAGGAAGAGAAAAUGGGAAUGUCAACCGUCACACAACAGAGCAACCAUCAAAGAAAAGAAAGGAAGACCUCUCAGAAUCAAAGUCUGAGGUUAAAAAGCCUUCCCCUGAGAAGAAAAAGGCAGUACCCAACUCCUGCCAGCAAUCUGGCUGCCAAAGCUGCCACAGUUCCAGAAACUCCAGUUAGAGACUCAAAACCAAGUCCAAAGAAAACUGUUACUCUGAAAAAGGAAAAAAAGAUGUUAGUAAGGAAACUCCAACCCAAGGAACACCAAAAG